CCUGAAACCGAAUUAAUUUGGACGAGUGUCCAUGUACUUCUAGUCUAUUCACGACAAGGACAUCAGACUACUCGUCCAUUCAGCUGUUCUUGCGAGAUGAAGGCAGAGAAAAAAAUGUCAUCUUCUGACAUCAAAGACAAUGGUAAGGACGUGCCUGGCGAUGUGGAAAUGUCUGGUGGAGCGGAGCAGGGACCGCAGGCAAGGAAAGGAGAUGAGCAAACAGCCCACGAUGGUCCUGGCAGGGCCGAUCAACAUCGACAGAAGCACAAUUUCCAAUACCAGCGUCCAGCUUCGAGAGUUGUCGGAAACGCUGCGGCUGGAGGCGCUUCUUCUUCAUCUACAAAUCAACAACUAUCAGGAGCAGGUGCUGCACUCCCAACGAGUGGU